AUGCUGAGCGGAGCGGUUGGGGCUGCACGGCGUGGCGGAGCAGCACUCGCUCCCUCGCUCACUCGCUGCUCGCUCGCUGGCUCGCUCGCAGGGACACACGCAGGGGCUGACAGCUGUGCUGGUGCUGAUAAGGGAAGCCACAAGGAGACGAUCGAGGAGAGAGACAAGCGGCAGCAGAGGCAGCAGCGGCAGAGGCAGCACCAGGGCUGCAGAGCUGCUGGAAGUGGGAGUGACUCCCCCACCUCAGGCCCCCACCCUAUCCCCGUCCUCCUCCUGCUUGCCCUGAGUUUAGAAGAGCAGCCGCUGCCACCACCACCACUCCGGAGGGCACCAGGGCGGCUGGCCAGGGAGGGACAGGGCAGGGAGGCUCCGGCCAGUCCCAGCAGCCGGGGACAGAUGCCGAUCGAGAUUGUGUGCAAAAUCAAAUUUGCUGAGGAGGAUGCGAAACCCAAGGAGAAGGAGGCAGGGGAUGAGCAGAGCCUCCUGGGAGCCGCGCGGGGGACCGCCACCCCCCGGGACCUGGCCACCUUCGCCAGCACCAGUACUCUGCACGGGCUGGGCCGGGCCUGUGGUCCUGGCCCCCGUGGACUGCGAAGAACCCUGUGGGCAUUGGCCCUAUUCACCUCGCUGGCAGCCUUCCUGUACCAGGCGGUUGGCCUGGCCCGGGGCUACCUCACCCGGCCUCACCUGGUGGCACUGGACCCGGCUGCCCCAGCACCAGUGGCAGGCUUCCCGGCCGUCACCCUCUGCAACAUCAAUCGCUUCAGGCAUUCGGCACUCAGCGACGCCGACAUCUUCCACCUGGCCAAUCUGACAGGGCUGCCCCCCAAAGACCGGGACGGGCACCGUGCGGCUGGCCUGCGCUACCCAGAGCCCGACAUGGUAGACAUCCUCAACCGCACUGGCCACCAGCUUGCCGACAUGCUCAAGAGCUGCAACUUCAGUGGGCACCACUGCUCUGCCAGCAACUUCUCCGUGGUCUAUACUCGCUAUGGGAAGUGUUACACCUUCAACGCAGAUCCACAGAGCCCACUGCCCAGCCGGGCGGGGGGCAUGGGCAGUGGCCUGGAGAUCAUGCUGGACAUUCAACAGGAGGAGUACCUGCCCAUCUGGAGGGAGACAAACGAGACAUCAUUCGAGGCUGGCAUCCGGGUGCAGAUCCACAGCCAAGAGGAGCCGCCCUACAUCCACCAGCUGGGCUUCGGCGUGUCCCCAGGCUUCCAGACCUUCGUGUCCUGCCAGGAACAGCGGCUGACCUAUCUGCCCCAGCCCUGGGGCAACUGCCGGGCGGAGAGCGAGCUCUGGGAGCCCAAGCUUCAGGGCUACUCAGCCUACAGCGUGUCUGCCUGCCGCCUGCGCUGUGAAAAGGAGGCCGUGUUACAGCGCUGCCACUGCCGGAUGGUGCACAUGCCAGGCAAUGAGACCAUCUGCCCACCCAAUAUCUACAUCGAGUGUGCUGACCACACACUGGACUCCCUGGGUGGGGGCUCCGAGGGCCCAUGUUUCUGUCCUACCCCCUGCAACCUGACCCGCUAUGGGAAAGAAAUCUCCAUGGUCAGGAUCCCCAACAGGGGCUCAGCGCGGUACCUGGCAAGGAAGUACAACCGCAAUGAGACCUACAUACGGGAGAACUUCCUGGUCCUAGACGUCUUUUUCGAAGCCCUGACUUCUGAGGCCAUGGAGCAGCAAGCAGCCUACGGGCUAUCAGCCCUGCUAGGUGACCUCGGGGGACAGAUGGGCCUCUUUAUUGGGGCCAGCAUCCUUACACUGCUGGAGAUCCUUGACUACAUCUAUGAGGUGUCCUGGGACCGACUAAAGCGGGUGUGGCGUCGUCCCAAGACCCCCCUGCGGACCUCCACUGGAGGCAUCUCCACCUUGGGGCUGCAGGAGCUGAAGGAGCAGAGUCCCUGCCCGAGCCGAGGCCGUACUGAGGGUGGGGGGGCCAGCAGCCUGCUCCCCAACCACCACCACCCCCAUGGCCCCCCAAGAGGCCUCUCUGAAGACUUCGCUUGCUAG